GUUCAAGCACGUUUACCGAUUGUGGCGGUUUUAGGAGCGGAAUUUCAGAUAAUUUUAGUGCGAUAAAUUAUUAUUUUUUUUCAUUCUGUGACAAUUAUCGUCAGUGAAUUUUAAAAAGUGUCUCCUUAUUUUGAAAAGUGUAUGACUUAAAAUUUCUGUGUAAAUUAAAGCAAUUAAUCCUCAUAUUAAUUAAAAGAAAAAUAUAAUCUUAUAAAUAUAUAAAAGUAAUAAAUAAGCACAGCGAUUGAAAAUUGAUUGUAACUUUAUUAUUACCUGUGUAAAUGAUCAAGCUUUUAUACAUAAUUCGAAAUUGUUUUUGAAAUAAUACAAUAAAAAUGUCAUUCACUUGAGUUUUAGCAAGCACAAAAAUUCAAUUUUCGCAAAAGCUAAAUGUAAAACGUGCCAUUAUUCGUACUCGUAUUCCAAUGCCGUGCAGUUAUCUCACUGUCAACUCGGCAAUUGGCGCCAACAAUGCACUGAAAUUGUCACAAUUAUUCGCGUAAAGUAAGCAAAAAAGAAAAAUAAAAAAAAAAUUAAUAUUUAAUAAACAUAAACCACAAACACAAGUGCAGUGCAUUAAAAUGACAGAGCGUUAUGCUAAUGGUGUUAGCACAACUCUAGUGAAUAAACCGCAACCUGUUGCAGUCAAUGGUGGCGGUGCUGCUGCUGCUGCCACGGCCAACGGCCAUGCAAACGGCAACGCGGCGGCAAUCGCAGAUGCUACUGCUGACGAUGGCGAUAAAGUCGUAUUGAAACGUAAGCUGACACUAAUGAAUGGUGUGGCCAUCAUUGUCGGCACAAUUAUUGGUUCGGGCAUUUUUAUAGCGCCAACAGGUGUCUUCAUCUAUACAGAAUCUGUGGGCUCGUCUCUGCUCAUAUGGGCUGCCUGCGGCAUACUCUCAACGAUCGGUGCGCUUUGCUAUGCCGAAUUGGGCACGAGCAUAACACGUUCCGGCGGCGAUUAUGCCUAUUUGUUGGUGGCAUUUGGGCCGCUAGUCGGCUUUUUGAGAUUAUGGAUAGCAUUGCUAAUCAUAAGGCCAACAACGCAGACAAUCGUCGCGCUGACUUUCGCGCAGUACGCGGCCAAGCCAUUUUUCGAAGACUGUUCACCGCCAGAAUCGGCUGUAAAAAUUUUAGCGGCAAUUUGUUUGUGUCUACUCACUGCCAUUAAUUGCUUGUCUGUGAAAUGGUCUAUGAAGGUGCAGGACAUCUUUACCGCCGGCAAACUGUUGGCUUUGAUCAUGAUCAUAUUAGCUGGCAUCUACUACCUGCUGCAGGGUCGCUUUGAGAAUUUCGAAGAUGCCUGGACGGGAAAUUAUGAUGCUGGUAAUAUAGGAUUUGCCUUUUACUCGGGCCUAUUCGCAUUUGGUGGCUGGAAUUAUUUGAAUUUCGUAACCGAGGAGUUGCAGGACCCAUACAAAAAUCUUCCACGUGCCAUUUGGAUCGCCAUGCCGUUGGUUACCGGUAUUUAUGUGCUCGUAAAUCUCGCCUACUUCGUUGUGGUGUCAAAAACAGAAAUGCUCAGCUCACUAGCGGUGGCAGUUACAUUCGGCAAUCGAGUUUUCGGGCCGCUCGCCUUCAUGGUACCAAUAUUUGUGGCGUUGAGUACAUUCGGCGGCGUUAACGGUGUACUCUUCACAUCGGCACGUCUAUUCGCAACGGGCGCACAGGAAGGACAUUUGCCCAAAUUCUUUACAUUAUUCCAUAUUAAACAACAAACACCUAUACCAUCAUUGAUAUUCUCGUGCAUCACGUCUCUAUUGACACUACUCACUGCCGAUGUUUACAUUCUGAUUAACUACUUCAGCGCCAUGUUGUGGCUGUCGGUGGUUGCGAGCAUAGCAGGCAUGCUCUGGUUGCGUCAUACCAAACCAAACAUUCCGCGCCCGAUUCGUGUCCAUCUCGCACUGCCAAUAAUCUUCAUUAUCUGUUGUUUGACUUUGGUGCUUUUGCCCAGCUUCAAGAAUCCAAUGAAUCUGCUGGUUGGCAUUGGUAUUACCGUGGCCGGUAUACCGUUUUAUUAUCUAUGUAUAGCAAGGAAAAAUAAGCCAGCUGGUUAUGGUAGACUCUCGCGAGGCAUGGUGAAUUUCUGUAGAGCCAUGUUCAAUACGGAAAUUAUUGAGAGUAGUGAGAGUGUUGACAAGUAAAGUUGGAGGCAGGCAAAAAAAUUUAAUUUUUUUUUUUUUGCAAAAUUUUCAAAAUCUAAUAUAAUAAAUAUGUAAAUGUAUUAUUGUAAAAACUGAAACUCAGCGCUAAAAAAGUUAUUUUUAAUAUUUUAUUAAAAUUAUAAUUUUCAAUAAGGUAUUAUGUAUUUAAUUAACACACACAAACACAUUUACUUUGAAGAAAAAAAAUUGUGUAAAUACAUAUGUAUGUAAGUAAGCUAAUAUGAAUGCAGUAGUGGGCAUAAAAUACAUUAUAGCUUUUUUACCUGAAUUAUACUUUAAGUUUAGAAGUUUAGGUUAUGAAUUCAAUGAAAAGUAUAUAAAAAAGUAUAUUAAGUUUUGUCCUUAAACAAAGAAAAAAAAAACAAAAAAAAAAA